UUUGAAUAAAAAUAUCUUUAUGCAUAAACAUGUGAUGAUUUGAUACAAUACUGAGAUAAUAAUAAUACCCUGAAUUGAAAAAGUGGUCUUCCGAGUAGGUGACUACUUUCACAUGCGGAAGGAUACUCACAGAUGACGUAUGCAGUCUCUGGUAUAUAAUACAGUGUUUGUCUGUCCAGCAAUUUUGUACCACAGCAUAAGUCGAUAGAGGACUGCGCCAGAAAAAUACACGAAUAUUAACUGCGUUUCUUAAACGUACAAACAUGCAGAUCUUUGUGAAGACCCUCACUGGCAAAACAAUCACCCUAGAGGUUGAGCCUAGUGACACCAUUGAGAAUGUCAAAGCUAAGAUCCAGGACAAGGAAGGCAUUCCCCCCGACCAGCAGAGGCUGAUCUUUGCCGGCAAGCAGCUGGAGGAUGGCCGCACUCUCUCUGACUACAACAUCCAGAAGGAGUCCACCCUCCACCUUGUCCUGCGACUCAGGGGAGGUAUGCAGAUCUUUGUGAAGACCCUCACUGGCAAGACCAUCACCCUGGAGGUUGAGCCCAGUGACACUAUUGAGAAUGUAAAGGCUAAGAUCCAGGACAAGGAAGGCAUUCCUCCCGACCAGCAGAGGCUGAUCUUUGCUGGCAAGCAGCUGGAAGAUGGCCGCACUCUCUCUGACUACAACAUCCAGAAGGAGUCCACCCUCCACCUUGUCCUUCGUCUGAGAGGAGGCAUGCAGAUCUUUGUGAAGACCCUCACUGGCAAGACCAUCACACUGGAGGUUGAGCCCAGCGACACUAUUGAGAACGUUAAGGCCAAGAUCCAGGACAAGGAAGGCAUUCCCCCCGACCAGCAGAGGCUGAUCUUUGCCGGCAAGCAGCUUGAGGAUGGCCGCACUCUCUCUGACUACAACAUCCAGAAGGAGUCCACCCUCCACCUUGUCCUUCGUCUGAGAGGAGGCAUGCAGAUCUUUGUGAAGACCCUCACUGGCAAGACCAUCACACUGGAGGUUGAGCCCAGCGACACUAUUGAGAACGUUAAGGCCAAGAUCCAGGACAAGGAAGGCAUUCCCCCCGACCAGCAGAGGCUGAUCUUUGCCGGCAAGCAGCUUGAGGAUGGCCGCACUCUCUCUGACUACAACAUCCAGAAGGAGUCCACCCUCCACCUUGUCCUUCGUCUGAGGGGAGGUAUGCAGAUCUUCGUUAAGACCCUCACCGGCAAGACCAUCACCCUGGAAGUUGAGCCCAGCGACACCAUUGAGAACGUGAAGGCCAAGAUCCAGGACAAGGAAGGCAUUCCCCCCGACCAGCAGAGGCUGAUUUUUGCUGGCAAGCAGCUGGAAGAUGGCCGCACUCUCUCUGACUACAACAUCCAGAAGGAGUCCACCCUCCAUCUUGUCCUUCGUCUGAGGGGAGGUAUGCAGAUCUUCGUUAAGACCCUCACCGGCAAGACCAUCACCCUGGAGGUUGAGCCCAGUGACACCAUUGAAAACGUGAAGGCCAAGAUCCAGGACAAGGAAGGCAUUCCCCCCGACCAGCAGAGGCUGAUCUUCGCUGGCAAGCAGUUGGAAGAUGGCCGCACUCUCUCUGACUACAACAUCCAGAAGGAGUCCACCCUCCAUCUUGUCCUUCGUCUGAGGGGAGGUAUGCAGAUCUUCGUUAAGACCCUCACCGGCAAGACCAUCACCCUGGAGGUUGAGCCCAGUGACACCAUUGAAAACGUGAAGGCCAAGAUCCAGGACAAGGAAGGCAUUCCCCCCGACCAGCAGAGGCUGAUUUUUGCUGGCAAGCAGCUGGAAGAUGGCCGCACUCUCUCUGACUACAACAUCCAGAAGGAGUCCACCCUCCACCUUGUCCUUCGUCUGAGGGGAGGUAUGCAGAUCUUCGUUAAGACCCUCACCGGCAAGACCAUCACCCUGGAGGUUGAGCCCAGCGACACCAUUGAGAACGUGAAGGCCAAGAUCCAGGACAAGGAAGGCAUUCCCCCCGACCAGCAGAGGCUGAUCUUCGCUGGCAAGCAGUUGGAAGAUGGCCGCACUCUCUCUGACUACAACAUCCAGAAAGAGUCCACCCUCCACCUUGUCCUUCGUCUGAGGGGCGGGCAGUAAAAGGCCAACAUGCAGAUCUUUGUGAAGACCCUUACUGGCAAGACCAUCACCCUUGAGGUUGAGCCCAGUGACACCAUUGAGAAUGUCAAAGCUAAGAUCCAGGACAAGGAAGGCAUUCCCCCCGACCAGCAGAGGCUGAUCUUUGCCGGCAAGCAGCUUGAAGAUGGCCGCACUCUCUCUGACUACAACAUCCAGAAGGAGUCCACCCUCCACCUUGUCCUUCGUCUGAGAGGAGGCAUGCAGAUCUUUGUGAAGACCCUCACCGGCAAGACCAUCACACUGGAGGUUGAGCCCAGCGACACUAUUGAGAACGUUAAGGCCAAGAUCCAGGACAAGGAAGGCAUUCCCCCCGACCAGCAGAGGCUGAUCUUCGCUGGCAAGCAGCUGGAGGAUGGCCGCACUCUCUCUGACUACAACAUCCAGAAAGAGUCCACCCUCCACCUUGUCCUGCGUCUCAGGGGAGGUAUGCAGAUCUUCGUUAAGACCCUCACCGGCAAGACCAUCACCCUGGAGGUUGAGCCAAGUGACACCAUUGAGAACGUGAAGGCCAAGAUCCAGGACAAGGAAGGCAUUCCCCCUGACCAACAGAGGCUGAUCUUCGCCGGCAAGCAGCUGGAGGAUGGCCGCACUCUCUCUGACUACAACAUCCAGAAGGAGUCCACCCUCCACCUUGUCCUGCGUCUGAGGGGCGGGCAAUAAAUCAUUCCAUGGUGAAGUGAUUUAAAUGACAACCUAACCCAAUAAAAGAUCAGUGAAUAAA